CAGAAAAAUACAGAGAAAUACAGCGCAGAGUAUAUUUCUUCCCAAAAGACGCGUGUGAAAAAUUGAUAAAUUCAGUGAAAACCUAAAGAAAAUGUUAAAUAAAUGGCAGGAUUUACUAAAAGGGAAGAUAAUCACAAUAGUGAAUACAACUUGUGAAUAAUAAAGUUGAAAAUAUUGUUUAAAAAAUAUCAAAAAGAAGGCAAAUUAUGAUAAAAUUAUCCAGCGCUCGGAGAUAUCGAAUGUGAGAGUGUGUAUACAUAUGUGUUCUCGUGUAUAUGUACGUGUGUAUGUUUGUACAUAUAUGGAUAUAGGUAUAUACAUAUAUCCAGAGUAAAAGCAAAUGAAGAAGAAGCUCUAAGGGUGCUUUUAAGUAGCAAUAUUAGAGCCGAAAGGAAGAAGCGAAAGCCAAUUCGCUUCCUAACUCAACGAAAGCAGGAGCUGCAGGAAAAAAGGACUGGCAUCUAUCAAAAAGGACAACGGAAGUAAUGGUGGACAAGCGCACGGAAGAGUCGAAUAUCUCUGGAAUCGGGUAUUUCUUAAAAGGAAGCUAAAAAUUUUGUACAAAGCGAGAGGAGAAAAUUGAUGAAAAUUAAAUUGCCUGCGACGAGUACCAUUAAAUCUAGACAAAGAGUUUAUCCGACCAACUAGCAGCCUUCUAUUCAUAAUAUGACUGACUGAUUGUUGACUGGCCCACCGUUAGCUUCAUUAACUUUUGCUUCAAAAAUCGACGCGCCCUGCUUUUGUCGCAAAUAUGUACAAUUGAUUCCAUCACUUCAAUCUUCUUGCUACUACCAACACUCCAUUCCACUACAUAGCAUUUACAAAACACUUUUUGAUAUUGUUGUUGCUAAUUGGGUGUCGACGAGGACAUUCCUUUACGCCUAACGAAAGGUUUCGUUCUCUCUAAACCAACUGAGUGAUAUCCUGUAGGAAUUGGGCUAACCUGCACAUAGCACCAUGAAGGAACGUGCAAUAAAUGUCAAAUAUGUAUAUUCAUUGUUAGCACCCAGGUGUUGAAUUUUCCAUACGCCAACGCUAAAAUAAUUAAUUGUGUGAUAUGAAAAUAAAUAAGAACAGCAACAACAGCUACAACAGCUACAACAAGCAAAGCAGAAUAAAAACAAAGGCUAUAAAGGCAAUCAAAGCAGCAGCGUAUGAGUAAAAACAACGGUUUAUGUGCGAUAUAUCGGCGCAAUAACCGAAAAACGGCAAGAGUAAAGUGAUUUUCUAUAUUUAUGUUGAGUAGUAAUUUUGAAAUCGGUUAAAAAGCAUGACAAUUAGAACAUUGAAAUUAAAACGAUAUCGAGCGCUAAUAGAUCGACAUCGGCGACUAUCUACACAAGCGUACAUACACGUACAUGUGUGCGCAUAACUCUUAAAUCUUAAUAGAAAGCUGGACGAGCCCGUAAAACCGCCCUUUCCGCGGAGGAAAAUAAAAACAAAGACAACCACCACCACUACAAAUACCAUACAGUCGCACUGGAAGAAAAGAGGCCGCGCCGAGAGCACGAUAUCAGCUGUCGCUCAAGUAAUAAAGAGGAAGUUCAGCGCUGUAAUCCCUUCUUAAAGCGAUAAGGAAACAGAGGCAGCAGCAAAAACAGCGCCAACGACAGCAGCAACGCUGCUACACAGAUUAUGGGCUGUGGACAAAGCAAAAUCCAUUUGUAUCCCAGAAAAUCAAAGAGCAAAGCAAAUGGAAAGAAAGGAGGUCACGCUGAUUCAGAUGCAGAAACGGACGAGGAUGAAGGGCACAUUGAGGAUGCCGAGAAGUGUCAAAAUCGGGAACGUGAUAAAAAUGAUGAAAAUGAUGAACAAAGCAAUAAGGAUGCACAAGACAGCGAUGAGGAUGUCUCUGUGUCACUACUGCGAGCCAAAAAUUUAUCAUUACUUCAAAGCCAGGAAAUUUCCACCAGCCAACAGAACUUCUUCCGGAUGCUCGAUAAAAAAAUUGAAGAGGGCCCUGAUUACGAUUCAUCCAGCGAAACGGAGAUCGCACUUGAGGAGGCACGACUGAAUGCUUUGGUACAGCACUGGGAGUCAGCUAGUCUGACAGCCUCUAUUUGCUCCUCCGCCAGCCGCUCGCUGCAAACGACACCGAUUCGUCAGGCUCCUAUGAAGCAAAUGGCAACGCCCAGAGCCGUUCUCCAGCCAUCGGUCGCUGUACCGGUACCACUAGCGAUGCCAGUACAACAGACCGUGCUGGCAACAGACUUUCUAACGCAUGGCUCAUCACCGACGACGGGUCAGUUGUCGGCGGCAGCGAUGGCGGCCGGCGGUGCGCUAAAGCAUCAACAAGGUCCUCAACAAAUCGUCAUUUCGCACAUGAAUAGUAAAAUGUUGCAUCAAAUGUCCGUUGUACCGCAAAUGCCUAUCAAUAUGCAGGCAGAAACUUCCACAUCUUCCGCUAAUACGUCCAACGCUAUCGCACUAAUGCAAGCGCCCAACCAAGCACAACAAGCGCAAUAUACACAACAUUUACUUGCGGGCGGCUCUACACAAUUACUCGGCAAUAUCAAGACAAACGUUAGCCCUAAACGCUACUUAGAUGGCAGAUUGCUUAUGAAUUCCAGUCCUCUUGCACAGCAAAUGCAUACCGUAUCAACACCCCUGUCUAAUGCAUACAUGAGCGGGCCAACGCAGUCAACGGCAAUGGCUGUAGUAUCAGCAGCGAGUUCUUAUGCAAAUGGAAACGCCAGCAGCGGUUGUACGUCACAACCUACUAUGCCAAUUCAAUUGGCAUAUUUUGGACAACCUUCUCCACAGCAGCAAUCACAACAACAAUUUCAGCAGCAGCAUCAAACGACUACUGCGGCGAUGGCAAUGGCCACUAUGACAAUGACUGCAACACCAAAUGAGCCACAAACUCCGCAAGGCCAAAAUCAGCCGUACUACGGUGACCAAAUGCAAAUGCACACGAUGCAGCCGCCAACGGAAUACAAAUUCCCGCCGGCAAUUAGCGUUCAACGCUUAGCGCCUCAAGUUCAGCGACAACUGCGCGAAACUCAAGAACUGAUAAAGGACUCAUGCCCACAAUUAUUCGCAGCAGGUUAUGGCGGCAGUCCCGGACCACCGAUACGAAACCAAGCCAAAAACUCAAACCGAAGACCCACCCUGGAGACCCAAUUCUCACAGGAAAGCUCGUGAUAUCUAUAUAAUUAAAAGAAAGAAACCCAGCGCCAAAGUUACUGUAGACGUUCGCUUCAGCAGAGUAGCCCAUUAUUCAGCGUCCUAAACUACAUCAAUGACAGACGUCCAAGUCCGGGGAAGUAAUAAUAGGGUAAACUGUGACGCAAACAGAAGAUGACUCUCACAUUCUCAUGACGUUAUUAAUCCUAUUCAUAACCAAAAGCAUUAUUUAUCAAUAAUAAAAAUCACAUGAUUAUGAUUGAAAAAUAUAUACAUACA